AUGGUGCCUAAGAGCAUAAGAAAACAUUCAUUUAUUACUAACCAUAUUUUUCUAUUCUCUACGAUAAAUCUCGUACUACCAUCAAUUGAUUCACUAACAAUGAUGAAAUCAAUUCCAUCUUCGUUCGCACUACUCAUUUCCUGCCUAAUUAUAUAUAUACAUGCAAAUGCUGACGAACUCCAUCAACCACAUUGGUUAAAUGGCGCCCAUCACAAUCGUUAUCAAUUGUUCAAAAAGUGGCUCGAAAGAAAGCCAGUAGAUGAACGUGCUGCCGCAUCGCCCUACGAUGUUUUGCACCCAACACAUCAAUUCAAAGGCUGUAUCGAUCCAUCAGAACCAUUUCAAUGCCCGCGAAGUGAAAAAUGCAUUGCUCUGCAAUCGAUUUGCGAUGGCGUUCCGGGUGAUUGCCCUGGAAAUCUUGAUGAGAAUGAAGAAACAUGCAUUGCUGCUAAACGACCAGCAAAAGAAAAUAUCGAAAAAUUCCUUCAAGCUGAAUACACUCUCCACGGUUCGAAGUUAUUUACAUUCAUAUUCGGACAUAAAAUCUCCAAGAGUAUCGAAGGAAACAGUGCAUAUUGGUUCGACAGUCUCGCAUCAGCUUUUUCAAUCGCCAAAACCAUUCGAAACUUUGCCGAAAAAACUCAUAUGUCUUCAGAUGAACUUGCACAUUUUCAAAAUGUCAUUCAAAUGAUUCACGAUGGCCGAUUGGAAGAAAUCCCUGUAUAUGCCCAAGAAGCUGUCAAUCAAGGUCUCGCGUCCCUAGUCGAAAAACUGUAUGAAUCCGGCUUUAUGGAUCAAUAA